AUGCCGAAAAAUUAUGACAGUGACCCUUGUGACCCGUAUGCAAUUGAGUUCAAUGCAAUACCCAUCUCUACCAUCUACAAGGCUAGAUUGGUAACAAAGGGUUAUACUCAAACAUAUGGAAUGGAUUACUUAGAGACCCUUGCUCCAAUAGCAAAGCUCAAUACUGUGCGUGUACUCUUGUCCCUGGCUACUAAUUAUGACUGGCCCUUGUUGUUGUUUGAUGUCAUACAUUGUGACCUCAAUGAAGGAAUAUACAUGGAUCUUCCUCAUGGAAUGCAAAAUCUUCAGAAGUAUCUGGCUUCCAAGUUUGAGAUGAAGUCAUUAGGUGACUUAUUACUUAUUGGGAUUGAAGUUGUUAGAUCUAAGCAUGGUUUCUUUCUGUCCCAAAGGAAGUAUGUUUUGGAUUUACUUGCAGAGACUGAAAUGUUGGAUUGUAAACAAAAUGAUAUCCCUAGUCAACAAAAUCAUAAAUUGGGGUUAUAUCCUGAUCAAGUCCCUACUGAUAAAGAGCGUUAUCAACGACUUGUGAGGAAAUUGAUUUAUUUAACUCAUACACGUCUUGAUAUUACAUAUACAAUGAGUGUAAUGAGUAAGUUUAUGCAUUUUCCUAGUAAAGAUCAUAUGGGUGCUGUGAUUCGUAUUCUAAGGUAUCUGAAUAUUGUGGGAUGGCUCAAGCAUAUAGAGGUUGAUCGGCAUUUUAUUAAAGAGAAGUUGGAUGCUAAGAUUUUUUCUUUUCCGUUCAUAUCAUCCAAGUAUCAGCUAAUGGAUGUUCUUAAGAAAGUUGUGUAUUCUAUUGCCUUUCUCAACUCGCUUGACAAGUUGGGCAUACAUGACAUCUUUGCACCAACUUGA